UCAGAGGAACAGACUGAAGAAGAAAAGGAUUUAUUUUCUGCAGUCAAACUGAUAAACAGAGUGAACAUGAUGGAGAUAAAAACUGAACUUUACACUGAUGAUGGUGAUGAUUUUAUUCCUUCAGGUAUGUUUCUGCUGUUUCACUGUCAUGUGAGUUUCUGUUUCUAAAGGGGGUUUUUACAUUCACAAUCACACUACUGAGUAUGGUAAACCAGUAAAACCCAGAUAACACAAGGAUGUCUGUAAGAUGUCUGCUAAAGAUCUUUAGUGUGUAAACAUCUGAAAAACGACAGCUUUACAUCCGAUCUAAAUCUUAAACAUCUUACAGACAUCUUGUCUAUAUAAGAUCUGACGUCUCAGACACCUAUUGCAGAUGAGCAAACAGUCAAACAAUUAUUUUGCAUCUUGCAGAUGUCAACGCAGACAUCAAAUAGACGUCUCCCAGAUGUAUGUGUGCUGUCAGGGCAGAGAGUGGUUUUACAACAGCUAAGGUGUUUAUAUUGGUUAUAGUGUGAAGUGUGAAGAAGCCUUGGCUUUCCAGUUGCUCAGUGUGUAAUAGCACGGUGCUGACAACACCAAGGUCUUGGGUUCGAUCCCAGGGGAUCGCACAUGCUUAGAAACACAAUGAAUAGUAUAAUCCAAUGUUUGUCGCUUUGGAUAAAGGCGUCUGCCAAAUGCAUAAAUAUGCAAGCGGUGAUUCAUGUGGUGAUGGAGAAACGGCCUCUACAUCAAAACAGCGACUGACAGCACAAACUCUUUCCUGCAUCACCUGUGGAAAGACAUUCAGUUCACAGAGACGUUUAGAGACACAUGAGAGAAAACACACAGAACAGAAACUCUUCACCUGCACCAGAUGUGACAUCAGCUUUCCUACCUUACAAGAGAAGAAACUUCAUUCACAAGAGCACAGAGACAAGAAACACUUUCACUGUCAGCAGUGUGGGAAGAGUUUUGUCUCUUCUUCGAAUCUAAAGAUUCACAUGAUGUCACACACUGGAGAAAAACCUUUCCACUGCAGUGAAUGUGACAAAUAUUUUAGCAGCAAAGGAAAUCUUGUUCUUCAUCAGAGAAUUCACAUGGUGGAAAAACCGUACGCGUGUCCUCAGUGUGAGAAGAGAUUCAGCCACAGACCUCAUCUGAAGAGACACGUGGAUUUACACACCAAUGAGAGACCGCAUCAGUGCAGUGAAUGUGGAAAAACUUAUAGGAGGUCAGAUGCUUUAAAGUUACACCAAAAAACACACACUGGGGAGAAACUCUAUCAGUGUUCUGACUGUGAUAAACAUUUCCAAAAAAAAUCUAACCUAAUAACUCACGAGAGAACUCACACUGGAGAGAAACCUUGUGUCUGCUCUGACUGUGGAAAGAGAUUUUCUGAUCCAAAUACUUAUAAACGUCAUCAGAGAUUUCACACUGGAGAAAAACUUUACGUUUGCUCUCACUGUGAAAAUAGAUUUUCUGAUCAUAGUUCUUACAAAGUUCAUGUGAGAAUUCACACGGGAGAAAAACCUUAUGAGUGCAGACUUUGUGGAAAUAGUUUUAGCCGACAAAACACUUUAAGAAAACACCAGAGAAUUCAUACAGGUGAAAAACCUUAUAAAUGUUCUCAGUGUGACAAGACGUUUGCUCGACAAGAUGUCCUGAGAAUCCAUGAGAGAGUUCACAGUGGAGAGAAACCUUAUCACUGCUCUGACUGUGGAAAGAGCUUCUCCGGACGAUCUAAUUUCAGAGUUCAUCAGAGAAUUCACACAGGUGAAAAACCUUAUAUAUGUUCUCAGUGUGACAAGACGUUUGCUCAACCAGAUGUCCUGAAAUCCCACGAGAGAACUCACACUGGAGAGAAACCUUAUCACUGCUCCAUCUGCGAGAAAAGCUUUUCUCAUAAGAGUACUUUCAAAGUUCAUGAGAGAGUUCACACUGAAGAGAAACCUUAUCAGUGCUCCGUCUGCGGCGAGGGAUUCACUUAUUUAAAACGUCUUAAGAUUCAUAAGAAGAAACAUGCUAAAGAACAACCUGCACUGGAAUCAUCAUAGUGUCAUUUAUUAUUUGUAUAACAUUGGAAUCAUUUUGCUUCAACUUGGAGUUCUGUGUUCUGUGGAACUCGAUGUAGUUUGAAUCAGAGAGGGCCGUUAUCUGCAGUCUGCAGAUCUUUAUUUUUGUCAUGAACGAAUGACUGAAUGGAAACGAACAUGAAUUGUGUGGCAUAAAAUCUUAUGAAUGAACUUCUUGUUCAUAUGAUAAUUUGUACUUAAUGAUUUACAUGUGCUGCAGAUAUUUUGAUUUCUGUAUACAAGAGAUAACAGAGGAGGUGAUGAAGAUUUAUCUGCUGCAGAACAAACUUGAUGUUUAACUUGUUUUAGUGCUUUGACCUGAGAUUUUGAUGAACACAAUUUUAUUGUCACAGUAAAUAAAUGUAGUUAUUCAGAUGUUCUUCAUUUUUU